AGGAGAGGCACUGACGGAAGAUGAGGACAUGCAAGAGCAAGAGGAAGAUCUUCGGCCUACCCUCCGCGGACACUACGUUGCAGCAGCAGGAGAGGCCCAAGAACAGCGCCAUGACCUCGAACAACCUCUACGUCCUCUUCCACGACACAGAUAUGCGAAAAAUCUCCACGGCGCAGAAGUAGCCACGCAGCAAGAUCCCCUCAUCGUCGUGCCACCGCAGCCCUUCCCCGCACCCGAUGGCACGACAAACAGCCAAGCGUUCCCCGUUGCGGGCGUCAGGAGAUUUCUCACGCGGACGAUUGAGAAAAAGCGGGAACAGUUAUUGAAUCUAGUGAAGAACGCGGUCACGUUGGUUCCGAAUGUUUCCGUUAAUCCUCUGAACAUCCGCGAGCAAGCAGCUUCGUACGUCGUCGAUCUUUUCCGGUUCCGCGGGGAUUUAGACCGGGCGGUUUUGUUAAAAGCCAGUUUGAUGUCGUUGUUGGAUGAAGAAGGACGGAACCUUCAUGCUGUAAUGCAACAGUUGGCCAGGAAAGUUCUCGCGAUAAGCGCAGGCACAAAACAAGUCCAGGCUUCAACAGCUUCUCCGAUCGAUUCCUCCGAGUCCCUUCUGUCCACGCAAAGUCAAAAAGACCAGUUGGAAGCCCAUGUGAGAGAUUUGGUGCAUCGCUUGUUCUUCGCGGAGGACUUAGUAUCCCAACCGGGCCAAACGCAGCCACGGCCACCAGCGACCGAGCAGGCGGUUAGCGAAACCUCGAUUUUGGAACAGCACAUCCGUCAGCAGUAUUCGGAAGUGGUGAAACUGUACAGCAUGCGGAGGCACCGGAGUCGGCAGAGGGUGAAACAGAAGAUGGAAUUUGAAAUGCGGGUACAGGAAGGAGAGGAACGUCAAACUGGAGCAGACAUAACUGCAAAAUCUCCUACAGUCUCUCGGCGUGGUGGUGCAGCCACUUCGUCGCGACAGCAGGGUUCAAUAUUUUCGGGCAGUGAAGAUGCCUCCCCUGGCGGUACUAGUUCUUCCUCCAGAACCGGAUCAUCUUGCGCUGGCGGCAGUUCUAGUCCACAACUUUGCAGCAGCGAUAAAGACACCCCAUGCUCCUCAGAUUUCAAAUCUUGUUCGCGGCAAACCAGCGUGCAAAGUAGCUUCACAGGAGCGGGCAGCCCUGCGCUCGGGCCGAAAAAUGCGCCCACGAUCGUGUUGCCAGAAGAGGAACAAGCUGAGGAACAAGCCGGUGCGCUUUCUGUUGCAGCAGAUACAGGUACAGUAGCAUCGCCAGGACGAGCUUCUGCAGCACCGAGCCGACAACGCUAUUUCAAUCCCUUCACCGACCAAGAGGUUGGGAAGCCGAAAACCUUGUCCCACGAGCCAACAAGGGCUUACCCGAGAAAAGUUGUACUUGCCUACGACCCGGAUCCAGAUGACGUGAGAGAGUUACAAGUGUUUGCGGAUAAAUACAGACUGCAGUACGAACAGCAGGCGGAGAUUUACGGUGGCGGAGAUUAUGGGCGGCCCACCGUCACAGCUGAGGAAUCAGGCGACGCUGCACCAGCAGGUUCUUCAGACCAGGAGGAGGCCAAACCCGGCAGCCGGCGCAAGAUGAAGAAGCUAGAGCUGUUAGCUUCGAAGUACCACCUGAUGCGCGUUUUCGAACUUUCAUCCGCUGCACCAGCAGAAAAUAAAGUAGAGUGCUUCACCUGGCAGGCUUGGAAACUGGAUGAAGUGGAUCAUAGUUGGAAGAAAAGUCAAAGUAAAUCUUUGAUGCAGGAUGAAGAUGCAACAUCUUCCGACUCCCCCACUUCCUCGCAGGUGGACAAUAAUGAUCAUGCAGAAAAGGUCUACCCAACGCCAAACAGCUCGAAGCCGUCUUCUUUCAGCAUUGCAUCUUCCUUUGCCGCUUCUGACGAACGUCAUUAUCGCGCGACGCACUUGACGGCAAACCAGUUAGAGCAGCUGCACGAGAUUCAGUCAAGGAGGAAUAAAACAGAAGAUGAUAUUGCGAGCGAUCAUGUGGGCGCCGGUUUUUCCUUGCCGGAAGCCGCUAUGGAUGUGGAUGUUGCGACAGAAAUUAUGCCAGCUGUUCCCUCUCCGACCGAGUUGGACAACGGUUCUGAGAGGUCUCGUGUAAGAACCGCCACGCCAGAUUGGGACAAAAUGCAGGUUGAAGUAGAUGAGGAAGUAGCACAAUUAGAAAGAAGAGCCCACUCGAAAGAAACCGUCGGCGUUGCGAGUAGCGUCUCUUCCACGACGAUGGCCUUCAUCAAGGGGAUGGAUCAAGGCAUGAACGCUGAGAUGCAAUCUGUGGUUUCUGACUCCGCGGUGUCUUCACCGAAACACUUGAGUAGUAGCGCAGCGGGCUCUUCUGUGGCGAACAGCAAGCCGCAAUCACCGCAGCAUAGCUGUUUACGAAACUACAAUGUCGAGGAAGCAGGAACUGCGGAGAGUAACAAACGCAAAAACGGACCUUCUCUCGUUGCAGAACCCGCCGACGAACUUUCCAACCUGGAACGGGAGUUCAUCACGCUCGCCCGAUUACUCGACCAAGCGACCAUGCACUUGCUCCAUGUGGAAUUGCUGGAGCGAAAAUUGAUUGAAGUUUCGUAUCUCGUGAAUUACAACGAAUUGGAGGGAAUCCGGCAGAACAAUCAUCUCCAUUCCUUCUGGCUCUACCCCACGAUUUGGGUCCAAAACCACUUCAACAUCGUUCUAGACCAACUGGAACUCUACCAAUCCGUGCAGAAAACGUCGGAACUUUUCUUCGAAGGUAUCCUCAGUGAAUUUCCCGUACCCGACUAAAAAAUGCGGCUUCAGCAUGACAAAACUUGCCUCCGAUCCUAGUUAGAGCAUUGCAAGUGUUCUUACACUGCAAGUUGGCAAAAUUUGUGAUGCCUUUUGUACGUCGUGCCCGGGAAAUUUGUAUUGCAUAGAGGGGAGCGAUAGCCUACUAGCAAACCGGAUCCCCAAGUCGGAAGUUAUGGCGCACAACGAGAACCACUUGCUCGCUUUGGAGAUUUUUCAGUUCAUGAUGGGGGCAGAUAAAGGGAGUUCUAUGCGGGGGGAACACAUGAUGCACCAGCAGGAGCAGGAGGAACCCCAUGAUAAUAGAGAAGCUUCUUCAACAUCAACAGCGAUCACUUCUGUUGGCGAGGUUCACUCCAUGUUCCAUUUACUCACAAAAGACCACAGCGCGACACUAGGGAACAAACAGUUGAAAAUCACGCACAAAUCUUGGUCGAGCUUUGGCACGAUGGAGAAGAUCUACGGUGGGUUCGUCGAGUGGAUGGCGGCGCAGCAUCAACAGCAGAAAGUUGUACUAGCGGACCCAAAUCUGCACUCUCAAUCGUCAGCAACGAAGGAUUUUACCGUUUUCCAUCUGUUUUAUCAAGGGAUUUCUGAGGGGUGGAGGAGGCGUUUCAUGCUCCCGGAAGAAACGGCGAGAGGCAUUUGCGGGAAAAAAACGGUAAAAAUUGCAGGCGGCGGAGGAUCAGGAUCUUCCGUAAUAUCAGCGACGUCCAUUGCAUCAGCGACCACUUGCGGCUCCCGUGCGAUGACAACCGCAUUGAUGAAUGGGAUUUCGAAAAUCGGCAGCACCAAAAGCAGCGCGGCCACGGCGGUGUCGAUGUUGGAAGGGAAGACGAAAGGAACAUCUUCAAACAAGCCCCCAGGAACUACAAGCGAUAGUAACAUCAACUUGAGCACAAAUAAUCUUGUUCCCCCCCACGAGCUCCAUUUCUCCAAAGUGACGAACUUCAUCGUGACCGAAAUCCAGAAAUUCGUUGAGCCGAAACAUGCGGACAUUGAGCGGAGAUCGAAACUAGAACUCCUGCAUUUCCGGAAGCAUUUUGAUUUCCAACAUUUUCUCGCCUACGUCACCGGGCCGGAGUUUUUGAUUGCGAGUUUAGGUCAUGAGUUCAAAUCGCAUAUGCCAGCGGAGUAUGUUGUAGAUGAGGAAGGGGCGUCUGGUCUUCCGGUCGCUUCUCGGACCUUGGAUUUGAACAAUUCUGACACUUCUACUUCCACUGGUUUACAGUACGACGUGAUCACCGAGGCGAUUAAAGCGACAUCAGAUAAAGACAUGGACAAAAUCGCGGAAGCGCUGGCGUUGGAGUUAGAAAGAGAGCAGGACCGGAUAGAAAAGUUGAGCCUGCUGGAAAGAAAUCUAGAGCAGAUCAAAGGAGAGAUGGACGAGAAGGCAGUAGGAGACGAGGAGGACUCAACAGAUGAACUUGGUGCCGGGAAUAGCAGAUCUUCUCCGACGGAAGUUGCUGACAAAGCAAGACAAAAGUUUUUAAAUCCACCGGCCGCGCUCGAUCUCCAAACCGCUUUGACCCAAGCACCCGCGGAGAGUUUGUCUGAGAAAACACAGCAGACGAAGGCGGGCAUUAUUCAGAGUUUGCUCCAGCGGAAAUACGCGGUUGCGCCACGACCUGGUGUAACACCUGCUGCAGGUGGAGGUCUGGUUUUGCCUCCCAUUCCGAAGUUGUUUGAUGAAAGAGCUAGUUCGACGUCCACAGGUUCUGCGUCUAUAGCUCGACCUCUGCCCGCGUUGCCGCCGGCUGCUGGAGCUCCUGCGGAGAAUGGUGCUCCUAACGCAGGAGAAGGAGAAGGCCCUUCCGCUGCUGGCAAUGUCACCGUCGCCGCACCAGGGCCACGGCUACUGAAGCCGCCCAGUCCGGAGCUUUUGGCAGAAUGGAAAAAGAGGAGAGAAACUGCGGUUGCGUCGAAAUUGCCUCCGCCACCGGUAGGAUCUUCGAAGAAUGGGGGAGGUGAUCUUGCGCCGGAAAUCCCCCCUUUGCCGGUCUCGCUACCUGGAGGAGGUGAUGAAGAAGAUUCUACUUCAAGAACUAGCGUUCUUGCGUUGCCGACAAGCAACACGACGCGCUCCUCGAGUGGUGCAACUACUGCUGCAGAGAUGGCAGCCUUCGCUUUUGAAUGGGAAAAGAAGGCGGCACUGGAGUUCCAACAGGGGCAACGGGACGAGAGUGAAGUUGGAGAGGAAGCUGCUGCAGCUUCAUCGACGAUGAACGUGAACAGCAGUCUUUCAACACCGGACGGGAUUUUUCCGCCAGUGAACAGCAGUCUAUUCAACAAAAAAGCAUUAGCGUUAGCGUUUUGGCAUUUGCUGGCGAAAGCCAAAUUUUUUUUCAUUCUAGCUAGUGACGUAGCUGUGUUCCGUUCAGACAGAACCGCGCUAACUGGAAGCAGUGGAAGCAGUCUCUUCGGCCGAGAAGCGGAUCGGAGAUGAUACCGCCAAAGAUGUGGGCGACGGCUAGGCCGUGCACAUGUCUGGGGCUUCAGGGACUUCCGGCUACGCGACCUCCUGGCCAUGCGGGGGGCUGGCAAGCCGUCGCUCUUGGAGUGCCUGAAGACCCGUUUUUGGCUUGCGGCCUUUGAGCCCGAGCAAGAUGAUCAAGCUUCCCAAAGUCUGGCAUUAGCGUUUCUGUCCUCGGAGGUCAUUUUGACCCCCUGAGCAGAGGCGAAAUUGCAUGGUCGCAAAAGAAAACGCUAAUAAACUCAUGAUAGCGUCGGAGGAGCGUCUCUCUUCUCAGGUUCACAAAAAACGCUAAUAAACUCAUGGUAGCGUCGGGGAGCCUCUCACGAAAGAAAAGACGCACUUUUGUAAGUUCACAACUUCCCCACGCUAUCAUGAGUUUAUUAGCGUUUUUUGAGCCUUGGCAUAAGUUUACAUUUUCCGCACGCUAUCAAGAGUUUAUUAGCGUUUUUUUUUGCGACCGUGCAAAAGUGCAGGACUUCGGCAAGAAGUCUUUGGGUAUUUUGCUGGUCCCCCCGAAGGCGCUAAUGGACGCCGGGUCGGAGCUCCAACCUGCGCUCCAUCAAGCUGCUGUGGCGGGUGGGGCGCUUGUUUGAAUGAUAUUGGAUAGCAAUCUUUCGUCUGAACGGAAAAUAGCCGACUCGACAUGCAAAAUCAAAAAAAAAAUCGUUUGUUCGAACAAAUCUCAAAAUAUCCCACGAAAAUAACCCAUCCCCAUCGUAAUUGCUAUUUUUUUUGCAAAAAACGCUAAAAAAAAUUGAAAAAAAAACAAAAAAAUUGCUACCCAUGCGGAAGGGCUUCGUGGUGUUAGCUAGCACGUGACGACUAUGACAGAAGCAGCCUGAGACGAUUCAUCUAGAAGUGUUUGCUUUGAAUUAGCUAGCUCAAGGCAUCCCCGGCGAAGCCGCGACAACAAAGCCACCGAAAGAUGGGCGUCAGACAGGGAGACAGCGCCGGCUACGGAUACGCUUUAGGGCCGUCAGGGCCGUUGGUUUGCUUGCUUUUUCCCACAUCACCGUCGCCAUGUCUGCUUGCCACCACAUCGCGACCAUAGAUGAAAGCCCGUGACCUGUUUUGUCCGUCGUUUUGGCCUCAAUAGGUCGGCGAAAAUUACCCAUCCGGACAAAUUUUUGCGACUUUUGAGCUUUUCGGAUUUUUUCCGCAAAUAUCUGUUCAAAAAACCGGAAAAAAUCAGAUUUUUCUUUUUUUUGGCAAAUUUCUUCAAAAUUCCGAAAAUGCAGAAAAAUCUAUCACGAUGGGUUAUUUUCGCCGACCUGUAUAGGCAAAAAAGCCUACUUUUUUCGAAAAGUGGUCCGAUUUUGAUUUAUCUGGAUGGGUUAUUUUCACCCGACCUGAGUCGGGCAAAAAGUUGCUCUUUUUUUGCUUCAAAGCCGGCUUUUUUGGGAAAAAAAAACUUGGGUUUUCGGGGUAUACGGGUCGGCGAAAAUAACCCAUCCAGAUGAUUUGCAAAGUUUCGCUAUUUUACAAAACCCCAAAAAAGGCGAGCAAAAAGCGCGCGCCUGCCCCGACCUGAGUCCGUUGAUUUGGCGAUUUUUUUUCUUUCAAAAAAGUAAACACUCUGAGCGACAUUUUAGCCGGACUCAGGUCGGGGCAGGCGCGAGCUUUUUGCUCGCCUUUUUUGGGUUUUUGAAAAGUCACGAAAUUUUGCAAAUCAUCUGGAUGGGUUAUUUUCGCCGACCUGUAUACCCCGAAAACCCCAGUUUUUUUUUUACAAAAAAGCCGGCUUUGAAGCAAAAAAAGAGCAACUUUUUGCCCGACUCAGGUCGGGCGAAAAUAACCCAUCCAGAUAAAUCAAAAUCGGGCCACUUUUCGAAAAAAGUAGGCUUUUUAGCCUAUACAGGUCGGCGAAAAUAACCCAUCGUGAUAGAUUUUUGGUCGAUUUUUGAUUUUGGCGAAAAAUUGGAAUUUUUUUGAAUUUCUUCGCUUGCGUCUGCCCUCAACCAUUUUUGCCGGACCUCCAUUUCUGGACAAGCCAGGUGACCAGUUGCGCGACCAUUCCGUCGCCGCGGACGCGGCCUAAUUAGGGGCCAGGGAGGCGGAGGAUAGGGCGGCCGCCCUUCCGGCGCGAAGCGGGCCUGUGCGGCCCUCCCGGAGGCCGCCGGCGCGCAGGACCUUCCGCGCCGCCACCGACCACGACCAGGAGCGCGGCCGCAGACCACGAGGAAGGGCCGCGCCCUCGGGACAGAGACAUUGCUGGCGGUUCUUCCCUGAGGAUGCCUGGAGCUAGCUACUUUAUUCACAUCAUCACUAGCGAUUCCUCUCAAGCCGGCUGUUCUGACUAGUUAUCACGAAGCUAACUGACGCCACGACUUUUUUUUUCGCAAAAAAAAAUCAGAAAAGUCGCAUUUUUUUUUAAUUUUUUUGUUUAUUUUAAUUUAUUUUUUUGCACCGUAAAAAUGGCAAUUACGAUGGGGAUGGGUUAUUUUCGUGGGAUACAAAACGCUAACGCUAAUACUUUUUUGUUGGAUACAGUCUUUCAACACCGGACGGGAUUCCGCCAGUGCCAACAGGUACUGGUGCAGAAACUUCUUCUGCAACGACAACUUCCGGCAGCAGUGCGGCUAAGCCAGCAGCAGGUUCAAAGAAAGGCACUAAGGAAAAUAAAGAGAAGGCUAAGGCUGCCAAGAGCAAUGGUGGGAAUGGAAAUGGGAACAACAACAAAGUCGGUGGAAAGCAGAGUACUACUAGUAGGGAAAAGCAACCAGCAGACGGAACAUCAACUUUAGCUGCAACCACAGCAGAAAAUAUUAACCAAGACAGCGGCGCCCCUUCUCUCGGCACCAGUCCCAUUUCCGACAUCAUUUCCGUUCUUCACAAUUUCGCGAAAAACCUCUUUCAAGAGUUCACCGAGCAGGACGAUUUGAAAUUCCUCCUAUGAGAGUGCACAACCCUCCCUCCCCCUUAUUUGUGUAGCAUGGACGGCAAUUAUACAAUUGCCAGCAAGAAUGCCGGCUGUGCAUGACAAAUUUGCACACGAGUGUAGUGCUGUUUGGGCUUCCGGAGUUUGUGGUCAUCCAAACAGUGCAAAGAGACGCAGUGCCUGGAUUUGGUGUUUUGCAUGACAAAUGAGGGGGAGGGGGGGUUGUGCACUGUCAUUCCUCCGGAAAGACAUCGCGAACUUCUUGCGUAACGGGGUGUUGUGGGUCUGGUGGCGAAGAAUUUACCUCGUGUUGGAGCACAUUGGGCUUUCCGAAGUGUUGCAGACCUUCGCGCAGGAAUAUUUGUGGGAACAGACGACUACCGGUUUGCAGCAAGAAAAUAGUACCAAAGGGAACAAGAAAAGUGGUGCUAAACCCCCACUGCAAUUGCCGCAGUUAAUCUCGAUGCACUUUAUCCCACCAGACCCCAAUAGCUCACACGACUGCUCCAUGUUUCUAGCGGCGGACGGAGACAAAGCUUCUUCACCGUCAUCGUCCGCUGCCGCAUCUACUUCACAAACCGAUUUGUCCUCGUCGAACAAACGUCUUUCCAGCAAACCAGGCUCCAGUCCAGACCUGCGGAAGAAGAUACAAGAGAACAACCAGGGCAUCCCCGCAACGGCACAACCAUCUGCGGAUGUUACCGCAACUGCAGAGGCGCUUGGCAUUGCGAAUCCGCAUAUGGUGAAAUCUGUAACCGCCUACAGCUAUGGCAGAGACCACGAAGCGGAUGAGGACCACGAUGUUAAUAGCCGUAGUGCUAGUGGCCGUGGCGCAGCCGCGGAAGAUGGAAAAACAAACGGCGAACAGCAACAGCAAAACUGGCAACCCUGCACGGGCCCGCAUUUGAACGCGAGAAAAUAUCGAAAUUCCAACGCUCUGAGGCUCAGAUUUCUACUCCCCUCUGACCUCCUUUCCGCAGAACAACUAGGGAAAGUGGUUUAUUCCACCAAAGCACCAACGCUGACCCGGGCUGCUGGUGGUGGGGGUGCUGUAGGAUCAGCCGCAGGAGCUACUGGUGGAAAUAGUGGCAGUACUAAAGGUAACAGUAAAGAGAAGAACAAGACGGGUGCUGGGGCAACUACUGCUCCAUCUACUGCAGACAGUACCAACACGCUCCUGCCGAAGUCCGCCCAAGUGGUCGACGUUUAUCUCAAACACGAAUUGGUCAACGGGUACGUGCGGAAGGUUCUGAGCGAGCAGUUGCGGUUAGAAGUGAGGACAGUGGUGGAGAGGACACAGCAAGCAGUCGAGUUAGCCGGGGACGCGAAUUAUGAACUGCAAAAACAUCGUACUAGUAGUAAUUGCAAUACAAAUUAACUCAGCAUGACACAUGGAAUUUGUCAUGCUGUUUUGCCUUGGGAUAGAGAUAUGUAAUGCAUGACUGCGAUUACUACGAGCGCGAUACUUUUGCACAGGAUACAAAUGCAGAGCGGGGGGAGAGAGUUCGGUGGACCAGCCCGACGGAAAAAUAUAUCACCAGUUUGGCGGAUGCGGUAUCAUUCGUGUUUUGCUGGACAAAGUUUUUGUCAUGCAUUUUCUUCAUUUUCACAGUCUCUGACUUGUACAAGAUCAUGAGAGACUACAUCUGCAAUGCACGUUUGUGUUACAUAGCGAAGUUACCCAACUUUUCAACAAUUCAGGUCUACUACUCCCUCGAGUUCGACGAGGUCAUUGACGCGUUUCUGGAGCACCUUCGCGGUGACCCACACCAAUCCGCAGACCACUGGAUUUCUGUUGCUUCGUCCAACUUCGGGAAGGCGAUCGACGCCAUCUAUGGGGAGGAAGAAAAUGUACCACCAGGACCAGCGAAGGGACAAGGACAACAAAAUGCGGGUAAUCAUCAACAUACAGGCUCAUCUUCUCCCAACCUCAACCCGCACGCGUCGAAGGACCAGUUGCUGAACUUAUUGAAGUAUGAAUUGCAAAAGUACUUUAGCCUUAGCCUUACUACUACUAGUAGAAAGCGCAUGACAUCAAAUAAUCUUCUCAGCGUAUUAACACAUGGAAUUUGUAAUGCGGGUCUGCCUUAACAACGGGAUUUGUAAUGCAUACCGACGAUCACUACGAUCACGAUACUUUUGCAAUGCAUAUGAAGCAGGAAAUCACCAAACACGGGGUCAUCCACGGAAACCAUGCACAGGCACUGCAGAACAUGCGGGGCGUGAAUUCGGGACAGAGCUACGGGGUGCCCCACCACGUUCUCCCCGCGGUAGUGGCCAGUCCGGGGGCGUUUGCGCUCUACCAGUGGAACCUGCACUUCUUCACGUUAUUGACGAGUCACGUUUUCAUGUUGGGGGAUUUUUGA